AUGUUCGAGCUCCUUCUGCCGUGGAUAGAUCUUGCCCAGAUAGCUUCGAAUGAUGAAUACGCGCGGGCGACCGUGCUCACCGCGGCAGCUGGAUUCGGCCUGCUUCCUCUUGUCGCGCAACUAAUCUCCCACGGCUGGGACGCGAAUGGGGCCCCAGCCGCUGAUGGUUCUGUUUGGGGCAGGGGGGAAAUGGGUAAUGUCCGAAUUCCUCUCGCCUGGGCGGCGCGGCAUGGCCAUCUAGACGUCUUCCAGCUCCUUCUGGAGCACGGGGCAGAUCCCUUUUCCUUUCCAGGCACGGGCGCAGACGAUUCUCAACCAAGCGGAAUAAGCAUCAUCCUAGAAGCGGCCAUCAACGGCGGCAACGCAGAAAUCGUCUCCUAUUUACUCAAUCGCGGAGCCGACGUAAGGAAAACCAUAACACCAUACCACGAGCCCAUCCUCUUUCGCGCCAUCAGAAGCGAGCCCAUCUUCAAACUCCUUCUCGACCAUGGCACCGACCCUACCGUUCGCGGCGCAGACAACAACCCGCUCGCUAGCACAGUCAUCCGCCGCGGAACGCCCGAAAUCGUGCGACUGAUGUGCGAGCGCGGUAUCGAUUUCAACUCCCUGCGCACCCUUGUGCCCAUGAAUGGCGGCAACGUCCCCGACCACGAGCUCACCCUCCUCGAACUCCUCGCAGAGGCAGCAGAUGGGAUCCCCGUGGUGCAUACCUUGCUCGAGCACGGCGGUCUCAACCCCGACCCAGCCACAGACCCUCGACUAAACGCUUCUGCGCUGCUCGCGGCCGUGGGCCAGGCGAAUCUCCCCUACCUGCGCUUCCUCCUCUCCCGCGGCUUCAACCCGCGCGCAACACCGGGCCUGGAGACCCACUUACUCUGCGACGCUGCAUCCCUGCCCCAGCCCGACAAGGCCGCUAUGAUGAUAGACUUUCUCCUGGCGGAAGGAGGGCUGGACGUCAAGGCUCAAAACAGUCGCGGGCAGACGGCGCUGCUGUAUGUGAUUGUCGGCGAGUUUUACGAUGCCCCCGAGGACGCUGUCCCGCUGUUAUUGUCGCGUGGCGCGAAUCCUAUCUUUAGGGAUAGUGCUGGAGAUUCCCCGUUGAAGGGGGCUUGUAUGCUCCGGAAUACGGAGGCGCUAGAGGCGUUGCUGGGCGCUCUUGAUACGUGGCAGGUUCCAUUUCAAAGUAUGGAAGUGCAGCUACGUGAGGCGAUAGAUAUACUUAGGGAGGAUUUGCGGCUUGAGUGGAACGUGAACUAUCUGAAGGUUCUGCGGCGGUUUUACUGGCGGCGGCGAUAUCCGUGUUAA